AUGCUUCGAAACGCUCUCGCCCCCGUCGCAAGGCAAGCUGUUGCCUCGUCCUCGCGCACUGCCGCUUUCUCCACUGUUGCACGACCAGCAGCCGUUGCAAUUGCACGCACCGCUUCUAGCAACGUCUUUGGCACACCCGUCCAGCGACGAGGCUACCACGAAAAGGUCAUCGACCACUAUGAGAACCCACGCAACGUCGGCUCCUUCCUCAAGACUGACAAGGAUGUCGGUAUCGGUCUCGUCGGUGCUCCUGCUUGUGGAGAUGUCAUGAAGCUCUCGAUCAAGGUCAACGAGGACGGCAUCAUCGAGGAUGUUCGCUUCAAGACUUUCGGUUGUGGUUCUGCCAUCGCUUCUUCUUCGUACAUGACCGAGCGUGUCAAGGGCAUGUCACUCGAAGAGGCCGGCAAGAUCAAGAACACUGAGAUUGCACAGGAGCUUUGCUUGCCACCUGUCAAGCUUCAUUGCUCCAUGUUGGCAGAAGACGCCAUCAAGUCGGCCAUCAAGAACUACAAGUCCAAGCGUGACGCCACCGGCAACAAGAAGCAGGGACACAUCGAAGUGACUCAGGAUGUUGCUACCGGAAACACCACUGCCACCGCUCACGUUGGCUCGGGUACUGUCUAG